UCCCAGAGUUUCCAAACAGUAAAAGCGAAGGCUGCAUCAACAUGAGGAUGUCACACGUUUAGGCUCCAAAAGACUCGUGUUUAUCCGCCUUUUAUUUACAUUUAACCGUCUUCGUGUGUUAUAUUAUUUAUUACUGCGGCUGUGAAGGUUUUAGUUUGUUGUUUUUUUUUUUAUUAUUAUUUAUUUUUAAACGACGCUAUGAUCCCCGAAUGCCCACGCACCGGGGACUCGAGGAGCGGACCCCGCUUCCAGCGCAGCCCGGCGGCUCCGGGACCGAGCCAGGCCCGGGGGGUCUGCGGCUUCUUGUCCGGGGUCAGGACCCCCAUCAGCAGCGACCCCUUCACCGACCACUACACCAUCAUACCCGGCAAGGAGCUCGGAAGGGGGAAGUUUGCUGUGGUCAGAAAGUGUGUGGAGAAAUGCACCGGUCACGAGUACGCUGCAAAGUUCAUGAGGAAGCGACGGAAAGGGCAGGACUGCCGGACGGACAUCAUCCACGAGAUCGCGGUGCUCGAGCUGGCCACGGCCAGUCCCCGGGUGGUCAACCUCCACCGGGUCUACGAGAUGGCCUCCGAGAUGGUCCUGGUUCUGGAGUUCGCUGCCGGAGGAGAGAUCUUCAACCAGUGUGUGUCGGACCGGGAGGACGAGGCCUUCAGUGAGGAGGACGUGAAGAGGCUGAUGAGACAGAUCCUAGAGGGAGUGGCCUUCCUCCACCAGAACCACGUGGUCCACCUCGACCUGAAGCCUCAGAACAUCCUGCUGACCAGCAGCUCUCCUCUGGGAGACAUUAAGAUCGUGGACUUCGGUCUCUCCAGGAUGGUCAGCAGCCACCAGGAGCUCAGAGAGAUCAUGGGAACCCCGGAGUACGUUGCUCCUGAGAUUCUGAAUUAUGAGCCAAUCACCACAGCAACAGAUAUGUGGAGUGUGGGUGUCCUGGCGUACGUGAUGCUGACGGGAAUCUCUCCGUUCCUGGGUGAAGACAAACAGGAGACGUUCCUCAACAUCUCUCAGCUCAACGUGAGCUACACCGAGGAGGAGCUGCAGCAGCUGGACCAGGAGGCGCUGUCCUUCAUCCAGAUGCUGCUCCGCAAGGAUCCACAGGACCGGGCCACAGCGGAGCAGUGCCUCAAACACCCCUGGCUCCAGCCCUCAGAGCCUCAGGACUCCCAGACGGUGGAGGAGAUCGUCCCAGCGGAGGACCAGGAGGCCUCCAGCAGCCCCCAACCCCCCAGCAGCUCCAGCACGGCCGAGGAGGAGGAGGAGGAGGAGGAGGAGGAGGAGGAGCUGAUAGUGGUGGCGGCCUACACCCUGGGCCAGUGCCGCCAGUCGUCCAGCUCCACCUCGGAGAAGGAGGCCCUGGCCACCGAGCAGAAGGCCGUCUCCAAACGCUUCAAGUUCGAGGAGCCCUUCAGCGCCCUGCAGGAGGUCCCUGGAGAGUUCAUCUACUGACACCCCCAGCACCUCCCCAGGACCCCCCAGCACCAGCCUCUGAAGGAGGACAAGUUAGUGUUGUCACAGCAGCUUCAUUAAGCCUCUGAUUAUAAACUCCACCCUCCAUUUAUACCGUACGUGUGCUCAGAUGCUGUUGAAUCUCUGGUUAUUUAAGUAGGAUCUACUCACAUGUGACUCAUCACAGCUCCACUACUGUCGUCUCUGUUAGAGACACAUGUUAAACACACCCACAUGUUUCCAGAGGUGGAGUCUUCCUCCACUGAUCAGACAUGGAGUCAUUUCUCUCAGGAGAAAAUCCACAUUUAUUAAGAGGUGAGUGCAAUAUAUGAAGACCCAUAAAGACACAGAGAUCAGUUCAUACACCGGCCCGUGUACGCGCUGGUGUUUCAAGUACAAUAGCUAAUAAAUAAAUGAAUGAGAGUUUAUUUUAAAUUUAAAAAGCAAAAACUAAAAACAUUCUGGUCUGUGCAGUUUUUAUUUUAUGGUUUGUCAGGUUUACAUUUAAACCAGAAUGACAUAAGAAUGACACCAGAAUUUUGUUUCUACUGACAUAAUUUAAAAAGUAAAAGUGCAACAAAGUCCUCGACUGAGGCAGGAAGUAGCCUCCUCCACGGUGAACGCUGGUCCAGGAAGUAGUCUCCUCCACGGUGGACACUGGUCCAGGAAGUAGUCUCCUCCACGGUGGACACUGGUCCAGGAAGUAGUCUCCUCCACGGUGGACACUGGUCCAGGAAGUAGUCUCCUCCACAGUGAUCAUUGUUCUUCUAUGAAUCUAAUAACCUCUGGUUUCUCUUUCCGUCUCUUUCUGGUUUCUGUUUUUAUGGAUUAAAGGACCAAAGGCAAAUUUACCUGAUUAGAUUUAAAUUAUAAAUAAACUCUUAAUAUUUAUCUAUAUUUUAUUUUAGAGUCUGUACACGGAUCAUUUAACUCCAUUUCCAUGACAUCUCAGUGAACCAUGUCAGCUGAUCAUCAACAGCUUCUAAAUGGACCUGA